CCGGCAGCUUUCGGAGCGCCGGUACGUGCGUCGCUUCACACCCCGGCGCUGCGCUCCCCUAGCAUCGCCGUGAAGCGAGCGGGAAGCGUUCAUUCCUUGGUGCCGGCAUUCCUCCUCCGCGCCCCGCUCGGUCGGCGGCGGCCCUCGGGGCUCGGUCUGCGGGCGUGGCUGCCCGCAGCGUCCCCUGCCCGCCUGCUUUCCGCGGCAGCUGCUUCUGAAGGAGUCGGGGGGUUCUGGGCUUCUGGGGUGCCGUGCUUCCCUCCGCGUAUCUGAGAGAAAGUAAGGUGCAGCUAGAAGCUGAAGCUGUAAUGCACCCAUGAAUGAGUAGUGCUAGUAUUGUACAUCAAUGGCCUCUGUGCCAAUAAUUCCAGACUCUUACAACCAUGUGUUGGCAGAGUUUGAAUGUUUGGAUCCGUUGCUGUCUGCGCUUAGGCUGGAUUCUAGUCGUCUGAAGUGCACAUGUAUAGCUGUGUCAAAGAGAUGGCUAGCUCUGGGCAGUUCAGGAGGAGGACUGAACCUUAUACAGAGAGAUGGUUGGAAGCAAAGACUCUUUCUCACUCAUAAGGAAGGUGCCAUUUCCCGGGUUGCCUGUUGUAUACAUGAUGAGGACUAUGUUGCUGUCGCCACCAGCCAAGGUCUUGUAGUAGUCUGGGAGCUGAAUCAGGAACGUCGUGGGAAACCAGAACGGAUUUAUGUUUCCUCUGAGCAUAAGGGCAGAAAAGUCACAGCUCUAUGUUGGGAUACAGCUGCCCUUCGUGUUUUUGUAGGAGAUCAUGUGGGAAAAGUAUCAGCCAUCAAGAUUAACACAUCGAAACAAGGGAAGGCUGCUGCUACUUUUGUGAUGUUUCCUGUUCAGAUUAUAACCACCGUAGAUUCUCGGGUUGUUCAGCUUGAUUAUUUGGAUGGAAGACUGCUCAUAUCUUCACUUACACGCACUUAUUUGUGUGAUACCGAGAGAGAGAAGUUCUGGAAAAUUGGUAACAAAGAGAGAGAUGGAGAAUUUGGAGCAUGUUUCCUCCCUGCUGGAAAAAACAGUGGGAAUCAGCAGCCAUUAAUAUAUUGUGCUCGACCUGGCUCAAGGAUGUGGGAGGUGAACUUUGAUGGGGAAGUGCAAAGCACACAUCAGUUCAAGCAGCUGCUGUCAUCACCGCCUCUACCUGUUGUUACUCUCAGGCUGGAUCCUCAUUAUACUAGUGCCAGUUACUCUCCACAAUCUUUAUCUUUCCCCAAGCUACUGUAUUUGACUGAGCACUGUGUAAUGACCUGGACAGAAAGAGGCAUUUAUAUUUUUCUUCCCCAAAGUGUUCAAGUCUUACUCUGGAGUGAAGUAAAAGAUAUUCAGGAUAUUGCAGUUUACAAAAGUGAGAUGUUCUGUCUGCAUGCAAAUGGAAAAGUUGUGCACCUCUCCCUUCUACUGGUAGACCGCUGCAUAGAGCGUCUGAUAAGAAGAGGGUUCUGGACACUUGCUGCCAGGGUCUGUUGUCUCUUCCAAAAUGCAAUUAUUUCUUGCAGAGCAAGAAAAAAUUUGCCUCUAGACAAGCUGGAGCACUUGAAGUCUCAGCUGGAUGCCUCAACCCAACAAGAUCUCAUUAUGCAACUGGAAGAACUAAUUUCAAAGUUGGAACCUUUAGAUUCUGCAUGCAGCAGUAGAAGGAGCAGUAUUUCGUCUCAUGAAAGCUUCAGCAUCUUAGACUCUGGAAUAUAUCGUGUUAUCAGUCGAAGAGGCAGUCAGUCAGAUGAAGAUUCAUGUUCUCUCCACAGUCAAACAUUCUCAGAAGAUGAGAGACUUAAAGAAUUUCCUGCACACCAGGAAGAUGAGCAAGUAGAACUUGACAAUGUAUCUCAUGCAUCUGUGACGGUUGAGGCUGACCGGAAUGAGACAUUUCUCCCAUUCAGUAUUCCUUUGUCAUUUCGUUCCCCAUCUCCUCUCGUCUCUCUCCAAGCUGUCAAAGAAAGUGUUUCCAGCUUUGUACGCAAAACUACUGAAAAGAUUGGCACACUUCAUAUAAGUCCUGAUACUAGAGGGAGGCAAGAAGCAAAGGAUGAUGAGCAGCUGCAGCAAUUGACUGUUAAUCUGGUAGCAUCUCCCCAGGAAGAGAAAGAGUUAGAACCACAGAGCUGCCAGCUUCCAGAGGAGGACCAUCUAAGAGAUCUCAAGGCUGCAACAGCAGAAGCUAUAGCCAAACUCCAGGAUCCCCUGGUUUUGUUAGAACCGCAGCAUAUGAGAAGGGUUUUACAGGAAUGGUUUAUUCAUCUAGAAGAAAAGUUUGGCAGCAAAGAGUAUUCUACUUCCCCUAUUAAGAAAAGCAAGACUGUGUGUGCUAAAGAGGACAGGGCAGUCCUGGAGGAAGACCUACAACUGGAUCCAACUGAUGGAGACCCAGCAGACAAAGAACAGAGUAGUAUCUUGGAAGACUGCACUGAAAAAAAAAAUACUGAUGAAACCAUGUGUGAAAAUAGUAGUGAUUUGAAGGGACCUUUGGACUGCUGCUUUCAAGUGUCUCCUCCAUGUGUCAUAGACCCGGAUGUUCAGAAAGAUCUCGUAGAGUUGACAACACUGUGUUUUGAGCUGUGUGUAUUUUCUUGUGGAAAUGGUGAGGCAGAGGAAAGCUCUGGAAGUCUGCCACUAGCAGCUUCGUGGACUUUGGCUUGUAGGUUUAUGCGAAGCUACUUCUUUCUUUUGGAUUUAAAAAGACUAAAACAGUGUAUUAUAACUAUGUAUGCAGCCAGCCCUAAUGUAUGGGAAACAUACAUUGCAGGAUUGAAAGAACUAACUUGUGACAGUCCAGUGGCUUUAGCAAUGGAAAAUGAAGAUAUGCUGAAAAUACUGAAACAGCUGCAUGACCUGGGGCCUUGGGAUGACAGCCCGCUGAUAUUGGUACAUGCUCAAAGGCUUUAUGAAAAAUUUGGGGAAACAGCUCUUCGGCCCUUGAUCAAGUUCCACCCCUCUCUUUUACCUUCUGAUAUCAAACAGAUUUGCAGGAAUGAUCCAGCUCACUUUUUAGCAUAUUUAGAUAGUCUGGUGAAAUCAAAGCCAGAGGAUAAAAGGUCAUCUCUCCUUAGAUCUCUUCUGCAGCCCCAGUCUAUACGACUGGAUUGGUUGUGUGUGGCAGUUUCUCAUGAUGCACCACAAAGAGCAAAUACAGUGGAUGCAGAAGGAAAUCCCAGGCCACGAUCGCACUUGUUUACUUGGGGCUACAGCCAGCUCAUUCUGCUUUUGAUUAAACUCCCAGCUGAUUUUGUUACAAAAGAGAAGAUGGCUGACAUAUGUAAAUCACAUGGAUUUUGGCCCGGAUAUCUUUUUCUCUGUCUGGAGCUGGAUAGAAGAAUAGAAGCCUUUACUAAUAUUGCUCAUUUGGAUGAUUUGAGCCUCUUGAAUGGAGAAGAUGGUUCCAUUCCAGAGACCAUAGAAGAAUGGAAGUUUCUUCUGCAUCUUGCACAAAAUCACAGCACAGCUUUCCACCACCAUGGCCUGCAGAAUGGGAGUGCUGUCAGCAAUGGUAUCUCGAACUGCCCGGAUUGCAUCACUGUGGAAAACGUAGCUCUCUUGCUGGCAAAGGCCAUUGGCCCAAAUCGUGCCUUGCCUCUCUUGCAGGAGUGUGGCUUGACACUAGAAUUGUCUGAGAGAUUUAGUGGUGUCUGUGAGAUACUGAGAAUUGCUGAGAAAAGGCAAAGAGCGCUGAUUCAGUCCAUGUUGGAAAGAUGUGACCGUUUUUUGUGGUCUCAGCAAGCAUAGAAAACAACUUGGAAAACUUUGGGAGCAUUUUUUACUGUAAUGAUUCUAUAUUAAAGUGCCUCUUAAACUUAAAAGGCUCUUAAAGAAAUGACCUCCUGUCUAAAAGUUCAAUUACAUUGAGCCACUCUCUAUCUGGCAGGUAUCUGACUGGGAACUGUUGACAGUUCUCCCUUAUUCUUUUGGAGAUGAGUUUUGAACUUUAGAACUUAAAACAAUGCAGUAUUUAUCUUUAAAUUAAGCUUACAGAUUUCUAAGAUGAAAUUUAUUUUCUGAGUCUGUAUGACUUAGAUGUUUAGGAGAUGAGCCCCUAAGUACUAAAUCCUGGUGUAUAAAAUUUUUUGUUUGUUUGCAAACAUGAGAAGCCAUUCCUCAAAAAUAUCUAAGUUGGUACUUGUUGAAUUAUCCUGUAAAUGACAUUGACUUUUUCAAGUUACUGUAGAAGUGCUUGUUAUGAUACCCUUUUUUCUUUUUUUUUUCCCCUCAAAUUAUAUGGACUGGUCUUGCCCAUUUGAAAUGCAUUAAUUGACCCAAGUCUUAAAAUGGGAGGAAAAUAUUUUUCAGGCGUGGAUUAAUAGUUAAGAAUGCUUAUUAAUAGAAGAACUUGUUAAAUGAACUCACUGUUAAACUGUAAGCAUGAUAUUUCUUAAUAGCCUGUAUCUAUUUGUGCAACAUGACUGUAACCAUCAGUUGUGUUAUUUCAACAAACCUCAGGGCAGUGGAAUUAGAAUCACAAAAUCAUUUAUGUUGACCCUUUAGAUCGAGUCCAACUGUAAACCUAACACUGCCACAUCCACCACUAAACCAUGUUCCCAAGCACCACAUCUACACAGCUUUUUAAUACCUCCAGGGAUGGUGACUCAACUACUCCCCUGAGCAGCCUGUUCCAGUGCCUCACAACCCUUUCAGUGAAGAAUUUUUUCCCAAUAUCCAAUCUAAACCUCCCCUGGCACAACUUGAGGCCAUUUCCUCUUGUGCUAUCACUUGCUACCUGGGAGAAGAGACUGACACCCACCUGGCUACAACCUCCUUUCAGGUAGAGAGCAAUAAGGUCUCCCCUCAGCCUCCUUUUCUCCAGGCUAAACAACCCCAGUUCCCUCAGCCACUCCUCACAAGACUUGUGCUCUAGACCCUUCACCAGCUUUGCUGUUCUUUGGAGACGCUCCAGCCCCUCAAUGUCCUUCUUGUAGUGAGGAGCCCAAAACCGAACACAGUACUUGAGGUGAGGCCUCACCAGUGCAGAGUACAGGGGGGCGAUUACUUCCCUAGUCCUGCUGGCCACACUAUUCCUGAUACAAGCCAGGAUGCUGUUGGCCGCCUUGGCCACCUGAGCACACUGCUCGCUCAUGUUCAGCCAGUUGCUGACCAGCAUCCCUGGCUUCUUUUCCACUGGGCAGCUUUCCAGCCACUCUUCCCAAAGACUGUAGCAUUGUGUUGGAUUGUUGUGACCCAAGUGCAGGACCUAGCACUGAGGGCACUGAGCUUUGUUGAACCUCAUACAAUUGGCCUUGGCCCAUCGAUCCAGCCUGUUCAGAUCCCUCUGUAGAGUCCUCCCACCCUCAAGCAGAUGAACGUUCCUGCCCAACUUGGUGUCAUCUGCAAACUUACUGAGGGUGCACUCAAUAACCUUGUCCAGAUCAUUGAUAAAGAUAUUAAAGAGAACUGGCCCCCGUACUGUGCCCUGAGGAAUACCACUUGUGACCAGCUGCCAAGUGGAUUUAACUCCAGUCACCGCAACUCUUUGGACCUGGCCAUUCAGCCAGUUUUUUUACCCAGCAAAGCAUAUGCCCCUCCAAGCCAUAAGCAGCCAGUUUCUCCAGGAGGAUGGUGUGGGAAACGGUGUCAAAGGCUUUACUAAACUUCGGUAAUUUCCACAAUGAAUUCUGACAUUCGGGAAAGUGAGAGGACCGCAGGUCUCAUUUUAAUAAUCUUUUUUAAAGCAGAAGGUUUAGAUAAGUAUUUUUAGAUAGAUGCUGUCAAGAAAGAAGUAUUUUUAAAUAUCUGCUAGAAUAUGAAGAUUCAUAUUGGAUUUUGUUUCUCGUUUACAGACUAUGCUUUGUACCAGCACUCUUUCUGCACUUAAUACAUCUUUGAACAAGUUUCUUUUUUAGGCUUCUAGUUUUGGCCCUCUUCACUGUCAGACUCUCACAUUUUCAGGAGAAGGACACAGCAUCUGGUCAAUAUUUGAUUUUUCACAAAUGUCAUUUAAACAAAAAAUUAACACAUGCAUUGGAACUAAAUUUUAUUAAAAUCCUUAAUUUUGUCAUGAAAUAAUUUGAAAAUAUUCUUUACAAAGCAUCUUUUUAUGUAGUCUUGCAGCACUUACAGUGCUGCAAAAUAAUGCUUUUAUUUUCAUUGAAAUAGGACUUAGUAAUAAAACUUUCAGGCUUUUGAGAGGUGCAGUCUUUCAGCUCAAUCACAAGAAAGACUUUAUUGUGGAGGAUUGGUUCCUUCACUCAAGGAAACGAAGUUACAGGGAGACAGUUAGUGGCAGGCUUUCAUCUGUUAAUAGCGUUGCUUGUGGAAAAGCCAAUAUAUCA